UUUUCGUCCUCACCUUCUUAUAUUCACUGUACGGAUUUUUCAUUUUUAACCUAGCAAUAUGGAAGGCGGGCAGCGCACUACGGGCGCUCUUAUAGACCGUCAACAGCGCGGCGUAGCUGCCCUCCUGACCCGAUUUAAGUACCUUGUCGACCUAGCUGCGACGCCUGCAGAGGAUGGAGCCACGAAGGAAGUAGCUGCCGCAAAUGCCUUCCGUAUGGAAGUUGAGAGCUCUGCUUUGGUUCGCGCCGCCGAGGAUCUCCUUCAGUUGACUCGUGAGCUCAAGGAGAUGUGGCUUUUUGGUCCACUGAGAGGCAUUGGAGAAGGAGAGGGUGAAGGAAAGAUGGAUGAGGACUCCAAGAAAGUUGGGGAAAUGGUCGAGGCGCUUUUAAAGAGAAACUCGGGGGUGUCGCGGCCAUGACUGGGAAUCUGGUUAAGGCGUUUGGAUGCGAAUUAGACUAUGGAUGUGAGGAAAGCAUUUCUGGCGUAUGGGUGUUUCGGAGGAUGCUAUGCUUGCGAGUUGCAUAUGGAUAUCAACGUUAAUCGGUCUUUCAAUUCCCCGAGCUCUCAUACCAGUGUAGGGUACUUCGAGGGCUUUAUUUGACUUGACAAGCGUUACCUUAUUCUCGACUUUCAUGCAAGUAUUCUCCUUUUCUUCUAGAAUAAGGCGCCAUGCUUCUCAUUGACGUACGGC